AUUUGUUGACCAAUGCCAUUUAGUCAGAAUCACGCCUGCAUGUUGGACUUGCUUGCUACAUUUGCUGAAACAAGUUUGGAGCAAAUUUAUUGUUCUCUUCGCACUGUAUGAAUUGAAUUUGCUUGCACAGACUCCAAAGUUUCACUCAGCGGAAUAUAAAGAUAAAAAUGGCCAAAGCUCUAGAGAAAAUCUGCUGCCAUCUCGAAUGUGAUAUCUGUGCGGACAGAUACAAACAGCCCAAGAUACUAGAUUGCCAGCACAGUUUUUGUCAGAACUGUCUGGAGAAAUACUACACUGGCAGGUAUGGGGGUGAACCCAAGAUGCCUUGCCCUGUAUGCCGACGAGAGACGGUACUUCCGGAGACGAGCAUUCAAGGCCUGAAAACAAAUUUUCAUUUGAUGGGCAUAGUUGAGGAGGUCUCUUUACAGGAAAAGGUGGCUUGUUCGGAAAACGCAAAGGUUAUCUGUGAAAUAUGUGAUGAGAAAAACGAGGCCAUGCAUCGCUGUCUGGACUGCGCACAGAACAUCUGCUCAAAGUGUCACACGACACACAUGCAAUUUUCUGCUAUGUCAAACCACACAGUGGCCACUUUUGAAGAUAUUCGUCAAGGGAAAGUAACUGUGAAAAGAGCACUAGAAGAGGAUGAGUCUAAAUGCAACAAACACAAGGGUGAAGCAAUGCGGUUCUUCUGUGAGACAUGCGAAGAGUUAAUCUGCCGAGAUUGCACCGUUGUGGACCACUGUAAACCCGAGCAUCACUACAUUGACUCAGGAGAGGCCUCUCAGAAAUACAAAGAGACACUGAAGGAUGUGUUUACCAAUUUCGAAAAAGACAUCGAAGGGCUUCAACAACGUUUAGUUGCUUCAUCUCAAGCUAAACAUAAGCUGGCAAAGAACAUCACAACUUCUUUGAAAGCGGUACAGAACAGAGCAGCUGAGAUCAUUGAGCAUGUAAAACGUCAAGAGAAAAAGAUCAGUGAUGAAAUCAAACAAAUUCAAGAGGUCCGUAAUAAUGUAUAUGAUGAGCAUGACAAAACAGUGAACAUGCUGCUCAAAGGAAAGCAACAUUCACUGCAGAUUUCAAAAGAAGUCACAAAUACAGCAUCAGACAGUGAUUUUCUUUCCCUCUGUCCAAUCAUCUGCAAAGACUUGAAUUCACUGAAGGGUCAAGAUCCUCCCCAGUUUGACCCCACGCUUUCACAUCUGAAUUUCAGCCCGGGUCAGAGGAUUGGUGACAUCAACCUGGGCAAGCUGGAGGAUCAUCAAGUGAGCAAGUGGGAGAUGUCUGGUGAGUUUGGAAAAGAGGGAAGUGGUCCAGGAGAGUUUGAUGCAGUUUGGAGCAUUACUGCUACUCAACCUGGUGAGAUUGCUGUAGCGGACAACAGGAACAAGCGAGUGGUCAUCUGCAGUACUGAAGGACACCAUAACAAAGAGAUUCCACUUCAAAAAAAGCCACGCGCCAUUGAGGCUACUCCUGACGAUCGGCUGAUAGUUGUAGACAGCACCAAGUAUGUCAAAGUAUUUGACAAGGACAACAAGCCGGCCUUCCACUUCCCAACGGUGCCUCAGAGCGAGGUAGAAAACACAGAGGUGGAUCUCCAAAGCGUAGCUGUCAAGAAGGAUGGAACGAUAUUAGUCGGUGAUGUGAAGAGGAUGGUGUGGACUGAGCAUAAGCUCACUGAUGGUAAGCUCCUAGACACCAUACCAGUGCAGACUCCGCCUUAUCACCUGGCCAUCAACGAUGCCACCGAUAGAGUUGUGGUCAGCGGAGAUCGGAAAGUGGACAUUGCACUGAGCAAUGGUACCACACUGAACACCAUUAAACCAACCAUCAAUGGUGAGCCAGUGCAGGUUUGCGCUGGUGUGUUUUGUGAUGACUCCGGCGUCUACGUUGCGAUGUCCAACGUUCGGCUUGGUUAUGAUGGCGCAAGUAACAUAUUACUCUGUGACACAGGCACUGGUCAUGUUCACCGCUACAGCCUGGGCGGCACUUUUCUUGAUUGUCUGGCUCAGGGUCUAUUCUUCCCAGAAGCAAUCACGUUUACUUCAGAUGGGAGGCUGGCAGUGGCUGACUGCUACUCGGUUAAGAUCUAUCAGGACUAAUUGUCGUAGAUCUACAUGUACUAACCCAUCUCACAGAAAACUUACCGUACAUUAGGCCAAAAAAAAAAAAAGUCGGU